AUGAGAAGAGGAAAGAGACUUCAAAAAAUCGGAACCGAUGAGAAGAUCGCCGACAAUUGCUGGUUGCGGGAGAAGAAAGUCGGCGCUGAAGGAGGAGAAGAAACAAUGGAGUCGCUAAUUUCUUCCUUCGGUAGGGCAAGGCAAACCUCCUCCGCCACCAUUCUUCAAUACUUCAGAUUCAGUAUCUUGUAUAUCAGGGAUUUGCAAAGCAAACGAUCAAUUUGGAGCGUAAAAGAUACGCAGAUGAAGCCAAUUAGGCUUCCGGAACCGCCGGGUAGUCCACCGAGAGGCGUACCGGACAUCUUUGAAGGAGGGGUUUACGGUGUUGUCAAGCGGGCUGUUAUUAUCGGUAACGGUUUCCCGGCGUCGGAGAAUCAGAGCAUUGGUUUAGUUAGAGCCCUUGGAUUGUCGGAAAAACAAACUCUAUAUCGUGUUACUAGGCCAAGUGGAGGAAUCAAUGAAUAUCUACACUGGCUCCCAGUUUCUGUCCAUAAACAGAUAUAUUACAUCAUCAGACUGAUUUACAGCUAUUCACAAGUUCUAUUUACAACUAAAGGGAGUAAAGUCAAAUCUUUGACCACAGAAAAUGGUGGAAAUGUAGGCUUAUCAUCUAUACUUGAAGCUGAUGUUAAGUCAAUAGUAACAAUGGCAAGAGGAACUGCUGACAAGGAUGGGCCUUUAUUGGUGGUUGCAUGUGGUAGAGACACCAUAUCAAUUGCUAGCUCUAUAAAAAGAUUAGCAUCUGAAAAUGUGUUUGUUGUUCAGAUUCAACAUCCAAGAAGACAAGUUCCUAAGUUUCUUCGCAAGUAUAUGACUCCUGAUGAGCCCCCUACUAAGAACGUGGUACUUACAUUGGGAUCACUGCAUCAAGUUGAUUCUGCUGCACUUCGUAGUGCAGCUAUUGCUUGGCAUGAUGAGUUUGCACCUUUACCAAAACCCUUAAUCGUGGUCAACAUUGGGGGGCCCACAAGCCGAUGUAGAUAUAGUACAGACCUUGCAAAGCAGUUAACUACCUAUUUGAAGGGUGUUCUUGAUACCUGUGGGAGUGUAAGAAUUUCUUUUUCAAGAAGAACUCCCGAUAAGAUUGCAACUUAUGUGAGAAAAGAACUCGCAGAAUUUCCAAAAAUCUAUAUAUGGGAUAACGAAAAACCAAAUCCACACAUGGGACAUUUAGCAUGGGCAGAUGCAUUCAUCGUCUCAGCAGAUUCAAUCAGCAUGUUGAGUGAAGCCUGCAGCACUGGAAAACCUGUAUAUGUGAUUGGAGCUGAGCGAUGUAAAUGGAAAUUUGGAGAAUUUCAUAAAACUUUAAAAGAAAGAGGUCUUGUUAGGCCAUUUACAGGUCUUGAGGAUAUGUCGGAAAGCUGGAGUUACCCGCCUUUAAAUGACACUGCAGAGGCUGCAAAUCGAGUACAUGAAGCACUUGCUGAAAGGGGAUGGAGAUUAAGGCCAUAAGAUUUUUGUCUGAAAUUACUUUUUUGCCCUUUUCCCAUUGGUUUGUGGGGGAUUAUAGAUAUAUAUAGUUUUUGAUACGGAAUUACGGACAAGGAGGUUUGUGUGUAUAAACCGGCAUUUAUAUUUUAUAGCUUUAGUGUGAAAAGAAAACCUUGAGGGACAGAUUGGUCAUUUGUGUUCAUUGUGAAAUGGGAGUUAAUAAAAGAUGCUAUCAUUCAAACAAUUGUGAAAUGAAAACCUUGAGGGAGAGAAGAUUGGUCAUUUGUGUUUGUUGUGUAUAAUGCUUUC